AUGGGCGACGUUGCGCAGAUCCUAGGGCUCGCGAGCGCUAGAUCUGGCUCUAAUGGGGCCGCCGUCGCGGACCUGGAUCAGCUGAAGCCCUCGGGCGCGUCACCCGCCGCGCGCAACAAGUCGAGCAGCGGUGCGAGCAAGCAGAAGAAGCUCACGGGGAUGCAGCGCGAGGUGCUCGAGCUGCUCGAGAGCAACCACCGCGCGAGCCACGCUCUGUACCAGGGCUUUGGCAAAACGAGUCUCAAGCAAAAGUGGCAGGAGCGCAAGACGUCGCCAGCGACCAAGUGGCUCCGCAAGUGCUUCCGCAAUCCUGCGCGAGCGUCUCUUGCAGGCGAGACGACGGACGACGGACUCGUGCUUACUCAUUGGGCAAAAGCUCACGUAGAGCCGUCGGGUGACUAUGUGUUUGCGCGGUUUAAUGUCAAAAGCGCGACCACGAGCUGCACGGACGACGAGUACGAAGCCGCAUUGGCGCAUCAUGUGGAUCCGAUGAUGAAGUGGACAAAGGAGGAGACGGAUCUGCUGCUGACGUUGUGCCAGCGCUUUGAUCUGCGGUGGGUCGUAAUAUCGGACAAGUACAAUUCCAGCACUGUCGCUCGAUCAGCUGUGCGAUCUGUCGAAGAAAUUAAGUACCGAUACUAUGAAGUGACGCGAUUGCUGGCUGAGUACAGGGAUAAAAAGGCGAGCGGCGGGCUUGGACAGAAGACUCUCGUGUCUAGUUCACCCGCAGCUUGUUCAGUAACUGGAGCUGCUACUGCGUCUAGCUCGGAUCUUAUUGUACCGGGCGUGGUCACCCCCAGUGAUGCUGCUUCUAUAAAAAUUGAGCCUCGACCGGUUGCGAGUACGCCGUCGACACCGGCGGCUGUUGUGUCAGCCUCUGCGUCAUCGGAACACUACCGAUUUAAUAUUGAGUAUGAAAAGCAGCGCAAGCGACAGCUUGAUCUCACAUUUUCUCGCUCAAUCGAAGAAGAGAACGAAAUUCGUCGCUUGAACGAUGAGCUACGUGGUGUGGAACAGCAACUGAAGAAGGUGGCUGCAAGAACGGACCCGAAGAAGAAGAAGGAGCUUGCCGACGUGCCUUACGAGAUCAAGCGCACGCUGCCCACCGGCGUCAUCUUGCGGAGCUCCUUGCUGGCACUCCCACAACAGAAGCAUGCGCUCAGCGCGAAGCUUUUGAAAAAGCUACAGCUGUUACUAGAUGAGUUGGGUGUACCAGCGCGCCCUAUGCCUACAAAGCCGGUAUGUGAAACAUUUGACAAGCUGCGGCAGGACGCUGUUGGGCUCCUAUCACUACGAAAGCAUCUCAAAAGCAAAGAAAACGAGGUGCAGGCACUACGCGAGCGCUAUCAUGCCCUGACGGGUCAGGAGUAUAGUCCGGUCACGACUCCCGUCACGGUAUCCGAUCGACCCGGUGAUGCUGCAUCAAGCGCUUGUGGUAACUCUGCAACCUCAUCUGCCAACCAUUCACAAAACGCAAUGAGCAAGGGCAAGACGCCAAAGUAUUCGGAAAAAGCAGUUCGUGCAGCCAAGCGUCGCAAUUCGAGUGGCCACCCAGUUCUAUCUGCCAAGCGCAACAAGAAAGCUCCUUACUGA